CUGCUUCAGUGAUCAGUCCGGAGUCCGGAGUCCGGAACAGGGAAAUAAAAAUCGAACAAACACGAAAAAGUAAUUUCGUUUUAGGCUUUCUUCCGUUCCCCUCAAGGAUUUCUUAGCUCCAAUUUCUGAGAAACUCAUUACAGCAGAGCAAAAUCACCACCAAGAGUUCGAAAAAUCCAGCUCUUAAGAACUACAUGGGAUUGAAACCUCUGUUCUUCCGUCUUUACGGUCUUUCGAUUCAUCCAUUUCGAGCUUAUCUUCCAUUUGAAUCGCCACCUUUCGAUAUUUUUUCUUUGAGAGUUGGCGAUGGCUGGUGCUUCUGUUCUUAUUCUAUCUGUUUUUGAACCCUUUUCGGAUUCCAGUGCUUUCACUCUUACAGUGGACGAUCUCAUUGGCGCUUUCUUGAAAUCACAUAGAUCUGGAGUAUUCGUAUUUUUGCAGCGUCUAUGAUGUCUGAUUUCGCAGUUACAUUAUCGAUUUCUGAAGGUGUAUUGAAAAAGGUUCAAUGGUUUUUGCUGGAAUAUUUGCUCCUUUUGUCUUGCACGGCAUUUAUUCUUGAUGCUCAAACUCCUAACUUCUCACCACAAGCUCAUGUUGCUGCGCCCCCAGUUCCAGUUCUUCCCUUGACUGCUAAUAUUCCACACUUUAAACAUGCUCAUCAAAAACAUUUUUCACCACGUGCUGCUCCUUCGCCUGUGCCGCCACCAUCUGUCCCUCCAGAUUAUGGCUCAAUAACAACUUCUGGUCAUCCCUCUUCAAGUUCACAGCUAUCAAAACCGUCAAUGAAAAGUGGCCAAUUACCAGCUUCCCAUGCAGGCCUUCUACCUCCCCGCUUGGCAGAUGUUGCCCCGAUGCAUUCCAACACUGGUUCUGUUCGUCCUGGUUUAGCUGAACCACCAUUGACUCCUAAAGUUGCUGACUGCUGUGGACCAGACAUGGUGCCUAAAAGAGGGAGUCGUGCUUGCCGUUGUGUAUAUCCAAUCAAACUUGAUCUUCUCCUUUUGAAUGUUUCCCUUAGCACGAAUUGGAGUCCUUUUCUGGAAGAACUGGCUUCUCAGCUUGGUUUGCGAGUUUCUCAGUUUCAGAUCAUCAACUUUUAUGUACUUGGCUUAUCAAGAUUGAAUAUAUCAAUGGAUAUUACUCCACAUACAGGGAUCAGUUUCUCUGGCAGUGAAGUAUAUGCAAUAAAUACAUCUCUCGCUAUGCGUAAGAUUCAUCUUGACCCCACUCUUGUGGGUGACUUCAUUCUUCUUAACUUGACCUGGUUCAAGCCACCAGUUCCUUCUCAAGCUCCAGCUGCAGCCAUGUCACCUCUUGCUCGCCAAGCUCAUUUGCCCUCACCUAAAACACCGUUUAUCACUGCUAACAGGAGGAAAGGCCCGAGUUUGAUUCUCAUUCUCGGUAUUGUUGUUGGCAUCCUGAUUAUCGUCUCUGUAUCUCUGCUAGUAAUAUACUCAUGCACAUUUUGUCAAGGAAGGAAGAGAGCACUUCCUGUAGAAACUGCAAAAUCAAGGACCAUAGAUCCAGUUCCAACUGGAGGAUCUCUUCCGCACCCCACCAGUACCCGGUUUAUUGCAUAUGAAGAACUUAAAGAAGCAACAAAUAACUUUGAACCAGCAAGCGUGCUUGGAGAGGGUGGUUUCGGCAGGGUUUUCAAAGGAGUCUUAAGUGAUGGUACAGCUGUUGCAAUCAAGAAACUUACUAAUGGAGGACAACAGGGCGAUAAAGAGUUCUUAGUUGAGGUGGAGAUGCUUAGCAGACUACAUCACCGUAAUCUGGUGAAGCUUGUGGGAUACUAUAGCAGUCGUGACCUUUCACAGAAUCUCCUCUGUUAUGAGCUCAUCCCAAAUGGGAGCUUAGAGGCCUGGCUCCACGGUCCCUUAGGAGUGAAUUGUCCUCUGGACUGGGAUACCAGAAUGAAGAUUGCCCUUGAUGCUGCAAGAGGGCUUGCCUACCUACAUGAAGACUCACAACCCUGUGUCAUCCACAGGGAUUUCAAGGCAUCUAAUAUUCUUCUUGAAAACAACUUUCAUGCUAAAGUUGCAGAUUUUGGGCUGGCCAAACAGGCACCUGAAGGCUGUGCAAACUAUCUGUCUACACGUGUAAUGGGCACAUUUGGGUAUGUAGCACCUGAGUAUGCCAUGACCGGACAUCUCCUGGUAAAGAGUGAUGUAUACAGCUACGGAGUUGUUCUUCUUGAGUUGCUGACUGGAAGGAAGCCUGUGGAUAUGUCACAACCAUCUGGCCAGGAGAACCUUGUGACAUGGGCCAGGCCAAUCCUUAGAGAUAAGGAUCGAUUAGAAGAGCUUGCUGAUCCAAGGCUUCUGGGUAAGUACCCGAAGGAGGACUUCGUACGUGUUUGCACAAUCGCGGCAGCUUGUGUUGCACCAGAGGCAAGCCAACGUCCCACCAUGGGCGAAGUGGUUCAGUCCCUUAAAAUGGUGCAACGCAUCAUGGAGUAUCAGGAUUCCAUGUUAACCACCACCAACACACGUGCGAACCUCAGGCAGUCGUCUACUACCUAUGAGUCAGAUGGGACUUCAUCAAUGUUCUCCUCUGGUCCAUUCUCCAGUUUUAGUGCAUUUGACAAUGAUAACAUCUCUCGGACGGCAGUAUUAUCAGAAGACCUGCAUGAAGGACGGUGAGACUCUUUCGAUAACUCUUCCUGCUGAGAGAAUCUAUCAAAGAUUGGGGGGACAGUCCAAUCUAGGACUCCAAAGAAUCAGGGAAGUAGAAGAUAGCAGUCCACAUGAGAAGGGGGACUUCAAAAAUGAAAGAAACUUUGGGAUGAUUGGUUCUUACCUUACCUUUUUCUCCCCAACCCCCCCCCCCCUCCCUAUCUUCUUCCUUAUUGGUGCUGGGGUUGCUGGUCAUUCUGGUGGAGAAGCCUUUUAGUUUUUCAGUCAAUGGCGGGUUCUCUUCUAAUGACAUUGUAUAUAUUCUGGGCAACUUUUCAUUCUUUGGAUUUGCCUGCAAGGGGUUUCUUUCUUUCAUUAUAUCUUUUUUCUUUCAUUGGUAUACUAUUUACUGCUCUGAUGGAUUCUGUUUUCUUACAUUGUGAUGAUCUAAAGGGAAGCCUUGUGUUUGGAAUCA